UUUGCAAUGUAACAAUGAAGCAUGCAACAUGGUGGAAGAUUGUUUCACCACUCAAAAGAGAAACAGAAGAUGUGAACAAAACUUGUUAACAAAUAGUCGUUACCAUAGUGAACAAUUAUUAUACAGAUGUAUAAGAUUUCUGUAAGAAACUUAAAAGCUUUUUUUCACAGUUUUAUAUUUUUAAAAGCGCAUCACUUACGUCGUGAAUCUCGUUUACAAAACUAUAAAGGAUGUGGGGGUAUAGAGCACGCUUUGCGAAGGAUGUAGGGGUGGAGAGCACGCUUAGCGUGGAGAGGAAUCUUUGAUCUAAAAUUCUUUUUUUUAUUUCUUGAGAAUGAGCAGAACGCGAGUUAUGAUGAGUUUUCUGACAAUUAGAGGUUAAAAACUGUGGAAAAAUUUUUAAUACUAAAUAACUCCAAAAGUAAAAAACAAUAAGAAAAAAUUAAAAAAGCGUUUUUAGAUCAAUGUCUUGUGACCACAAAAAAGCAUACAGGAAACUUGAAAAAUUAGUAGUAUUGUAAAAGGAGUAGUUUUGUAGGAGAGGGGUCAUUUUCUUUUCGUGUCUAUUAAUAUAUCAAAAUAAAGUUUUGGUUUUGGUUUUAAAAAAUCACACCUAUUUUGUAUACUCACGCCUUAACCUUUUAAAAUUCUUCUUGUAAAAUCAACUUCGAAAAUUUUUAGACAUCUAGGAAAGGUGACUGCUUUUCUAAAAAAUGGCAAAUAGCUAUGUACUAUUAGCUAUGUAGAUUCUUUUUCCGAUUUCACUCGUUUUCUUUCUUCGAACUCGUCAACUGCUGCUUCAAUUUUUUAUUUUUUCAAUUUAAAUUUGAUUUUAAAUUCUAUUUUGGGAGUUAAUAUUUUCGUUUAUAGUCAAAAUUAUUACCUCCAGAGUAAGAUGGUAAUGAAGCAUGAGCUAUUUAAAAGAUACAUUUGAUGCACAAAUCACACUAGCUCGUACUAAAUCACAGUAAGAUUACAUUUCUUAAAAUAUUACCCGUCGUCCGUUUGUUUGUGUGUGAGCUAAAAUGCUAGCGGUGACUGGCGAUUUUUUCUAAAAGAAUGUUAAGAAACUUUUUUGACAAAUCAACUGCUGUUAGUCUCAAUCAUAUUGGCUAUCACGUGACAAAUUGUAUGUGCCCCUGGGGCUAAGUUUACUUCACCGAUUUAUGGUCUCUGCGGAGGAGGAGAUUUUAAAAAAUAUAAAACUUACUAAUAAUAAUCAGAGAAAUACAUAGUAAAACAAAAAUACAUAAUUAUAUAAAUAACAUCCCACACUUUCACGUCUUUUACUGCAACUUUGUGAGUUUAUCCAAACUUCGUUCCCAGACUGUUUUUCUGUAGCUUACUUCUACCUGAUCUGACACACUACUUUGUUGCUUUCACAUAACAUAGAGCAUUGCCAUAUAAUCUAUUAAUUUUAAAAAUAUGUAUUAUCGCAAGGGUGAUGAUAAUCUUUACUUAACCUAUUAAAAUCGGAUUAACUUCGGAAAUUUCGGUAGAACUUUCAUAUGCGUGUCGGUAAAGGAUUAGAAAAUAUUAAACUUUUAAUUUUUUUAACAAACUGGCUUUCAGCAAGUUUCGAUUGCUAAUUGCAGCUGAAAUCAGAGAGGUACUGUUGAUAUAUAAAACCUUUUCCACUUUAACUUUAUUAAAAUAACAAAAGAAAGUGAAGUCGACAUCCAUUUGUUGUUUUAGACAGACAGGAAUAUAUAUAAGAAUUUAUAAUGUAAAAGAAGCUGAUUUAUACAUCCAACAUACAAGAUGACACGUACAAUAAAACAGAUCGAUGAAAAAUGUGGCACAAAAAACAAUAUGACAGCCUUGUCAACCUUUUCAGCCGUCACGUCCAUGACAAUCUCAAUAAUGGCCGUACCGUUGAAUCUGAUUAUCAUAAUUUGCAUAAUGAAAGCAAGGAAAACAAAGUUUAAAAAUUUGUUUUAUAAGUUACUCCUAAAUAUUGCUUUCGCUGAUUUAUUUACUGGCUUUAUAGCGUCACCAGCAUCCGUCAAUUUUCACAUCAAAGAAGCAUUUUUUAAUGAAGACGUCAAUUAUGCCGACGCACUUGUUUUACACUUAUCAGUUUUUAUCACGGACGCCGUAGCAUUAAUUACGAUGACGUUAUUAUGUGUUGAUAGAAUGACAGCGCUUAUAUUUCCUAUUAAAUAUCAUAAAGGGAUAAAAGGGCGUACAGAGAACAUUAUUGUUAUUAUGACGUGGCCGUUGGGCGUAAUAUUCGUUAUUCCGUAUUUUAAGCUGCAUUUUAUUAAAGAGUUAGCCGUGUUUUCUGCAGUCAACGUCACAGUAGCAGUUUCCUCCAUGAUUAUUACGACAGUCGUCUAUAAAACAAGGUUUCAAUUGAAACCAAAAAACAAACCAAAUCAUUCAUCGUCUGUUGUAUCAACAAAUCAAGUUGAACUUUCUGUUGAUUCUGACGUCAAAUCGACUCCGACAGAAAAACGACAUUCAAAAGUCGGAUUUGCGAGCACGAUUGUCGCAAACAAAAAUGAAGGACUUGUUAAUAAUAGUUCUUCAAACGCGGACUUUUCUACCGAGAUGACAGAAGAAAUAACAUCAAAUGAACGUAAGCCAAGAAGUAGCACGGUUCAAUCUGUUUUAUGUUACUUACGUAUACGACCCGACGCUAGAAAAAGUAGUAUUACUGACAACUUAAGUCCUCGCAUGACAAUACAACGUAAAGCUACAAGAACAUUUUUCUAUAUGUUGCUCGUUUUUGUGAUCACGUACUUGCCGACAUGUAUUAUGAUGGCCUACAUGAACUUAUGUGUGACGUGCGAUUGUGGAGUCAUUCACGCUAUGCGAGAUUUAUCGAUCAUAUCGAUACUAUCGAGCUCUGUGUUUCGACCAACGAGUUUUAUUUUAAGCUUAAAACAUUUAAGAGCAUCAGUUUACGAGUUCAUAUGUUCAAGAAAAUAAGAAUUAGAAAAUGUUUGAGAAAAAAGGUAGUUGGAAAAUUGAUAGUUCCAUAGACAGCACCAUGUUUUAGCAUGUUCAGAAAGUUGAAAAACGAUGAAAUAUAUAGCUGUUGACACGGAAGGCAAGGUACAAGAAAUAAAUAUAAGCAAAUAUAACAGAGCAAAUUUAGAAAACAUAUCUAAAGAAAAUCACAUUAUCCUUAUUAUUCCUUAAUGUUCUUUGUGAUUAAUAUAUAUAAAGAAUAAAUAUAGAUAAACUAAUAAA